UGAGUGAAGCUAUGGGUAUGGGCCAGAUCAACUGGCUACUCUCGUCUCCUAAGUCUUUGAUGUCUUAGACGGACUGUCAUAUCAGAUGGUGAUUCGAUCACAAUUAAGCCAUGCGUAAAGCAACGCUUGCAUUUGCUGUGUCCUUCCGGCGCUUGCUCGUGAGAUGGACCCAUUCUUCCUUCAGCACAGUCAAGAGUGUCCCUGAAAGGCCGGGAGACCUCACGUUGAAGGACUUUAUUAAGGGCUCAUUGGCCGCAACGAAAGAUGCUUCAGGGUCUCGAUUCACCAAUUCAGAUGGAAUUUCUUAUUUACCUCGGCACCUAAUGGAUGGGAGAGGCCGGAAAGUCUUCUUCAAGGUUUACGGCUGCCAGAUGAAUGUUAACGACACGGAGAUUGCAUGGUCCAUCCUCAAGGACCAUGGAUAUGAACGUACAACACAGGAAGCAGAUGCAGAUGUGGUCCUCCUUGUCACAUGCAGUAUUAGGGAAGGUGCUGAACAAAAGAUUCGUAGCUGCUUGGUUCAUCUGCAGGCCCUGAAGGAACGGAAGAGGGCUAAUCGUCAGCCCUUCACCGUUGGUGUUUUGGGCUGCAUGGCAGAAAGGUUGAAGCAUCACCUGAUUGAGGAGGAAAAAAUGGUGGAUGUAGUCUGUGGUCCAGAUGCAUAUCGUGACCUCCCUCGCCUACUUGUCUUGGGUGAGAGUACAGAAGUGGCUGUGAACGUCCUUCUUUCCCUCGAGGAAACCUAUGCUGAUGUGACUCCUGUCCGCCUCAAUCCUAACUCCAUCUCAGCUUUUGUGACUGUGAUGCGGGGUUGUGAUAACAUGUGCAGCUACUGCAUUGUCCCAUUCACACGAGGAAGGGAAAGAUCACGUCCUGCCAUGUCAAUUGUGGAAGAAGUACAACGCCUUGUCAAUGAUGGGGUCAAGGAGGUCACACUUCUUGGUCAGAAUGUGAACAGCUACUGUGACACAAGUAAACCCAGAUCAAAAGAAGAAACGCAGAUGUCUCAUGGGUUCUCUGCAUUUUACAAGCCCAAGAGAGGAGGGAUCAGAUUUGCAGAACUCCUGGAACGUGUGGCAAGGGUAGAUGCAGAGCUGCGUGUUCGCUUCACAUCACCUCAUCCCAAAGACUUCCCUGAUGAAGUUCUGGAUGUGAUACGGUCAUAUCCAAACAUUUGCAAGAGCCUGCAUAUACCAGCACAGAGUGGGAGCACAGGUGUCUUGGAGCGUAUGCGCCGUGGCUACAGCCGUGAGGCCUAUCUUGAUCUGAUCUCCCAUGUCAGAACUCUGCUCCCUGGUGUUGCCCUCUCUUCAGACUUCAUCUGUGGAUUUUGUGGAGAAACAGAGGAGGAGUUCCAGGACACAGUAUCUCUCAUACAAAGUGUCAGGUACAACACAGCCUUCCUGUUCCCGUUCAGCAUGCGGCAGAAGACACGGGCAUAUCACCGCAUGCAAGAUGAUGUGCCUGAGGUGGUAAAGAAAGCUCGGUUGGAGAAGAUGGUGGCUGUGUUUCGGCAGGGGGCUCUUGAAUUGCACCAGGAACUUAUUGGGUCCUUGCAACUCGUUCUUGUUGAAGGGGUGAGCAAAAGGAGCAUAGAUUGCCUGGCAGGUCGAAGCGAUGGAAACACCAGAGUUGUCUUCCCUCAGAUGGUAGUUCCAGUUGAUGGUACCAGUAUCUGCCAAACAAUGAAGCCUGGUGACUAUGUUGCCAUUAAGGCAUGUUCCAUUAUCUUCCUUUUGACUAUUGGUGAAUUGAUUCCAAAGUGAAAUUUUAUCAUUUUGUUCCAGGUAACUGAUGCCUCUUCACAAGUGCUAAAAGGCCUGCCACUGCACAUUACUAGCCUUAGCAAGUUCCAUAGGGAAGACAAAGAAUCAAUUCUAUUGGAAUGAACAUUCUCUUGUGUUGUUAUAUUGGUGAAGUAC